ACCAUAUGAAGGAAGACCCAGUUUUCCUAAAGCAGCACGGCAAUUUCUUUUAAAAUGGUCUUUCUACAGCUCAAUGGUGAUUCGAGAUUUAACUUUACGCAGUGCUGCUAGCUUUGGCUCUUUUCAUCUGAUCCGCUUGCUUUACGAUGAAUACAUGUUUUACUUAGUAGAACAUCGUGUUGCUCAGGCAACAGGAGAAACACCUAUCGCAGUUAUGGGAGAGUUUGGUGAUUUAAAUGCUAUAUCCCCUGGAAAUAUGGAUAAAGAUGAGGGCAGUGAACUUGAAAGUGAAAUAGAAGAAGAGAUGGAUGAAAAUGGAGGGCCACAAGCCAAGAGGGAGAAAACAGACUUAAACCAAGCAUUUCAGGUGGGCUGCUUGCAGCAGCCAGUGCUUGAGAGUGGAAUAGAGCAGAGCCUCCUGAACCCAAUUCAUGAUGAGCAUAUUGUUACAAAUACUCAGACUAUCAGACAAUGCAGUGCUACUGGAAAUACAUAUACUGCAGUCUAAUAUUGAAGUGCUCCUUAACUGCAUUAGCCUUGUUGAUGCUGGACUUAAUGGGGGGAGAUAGGAGAAUAGGUCUGAAAGUCAUCUUAUCA